AUGCAAUAUUUACCUCCAUUUCAGAAUUAUCCGUUAAUCGUUAAUCAUCUAGAAAAUAGACUGUUAGUAACAACAUUAAAGGUUAUUCUUAGGGAAUAUGGGCUUCCUGUAUCAGGGAAAAAGCAUACAUUGAUUACCCGUGUUCGAGAGUUGCUUGAUAAAGUGGUUGAAACAAAAGAUGUUGUCCAGUAUGAACGUCUUAAAAAUAGUAUUAUGGGGAUUCAUUUCCAACCACAUUCAUCAUGUGUUGUUUCCUAUGGGUCGAAGAAUAUGCCAUCUGUGUCUUCUCCAUCUUUAGAUACACCGAUUUCAUCAUUAUCUUUGCCAAAAAUUAAUGUUUUCCAAAGGAUUAACUUUAAGCCUAGUCCGUUUUAUAAUAUUCUUGAGACUAUCAAUAGUCCUAUUAUAUGUCUACCAACGCUACGUGAUGUUAUAACAACACCUGUACAACUUUCGUUAAAAGCGGUUGAGAAACUGACGUCCGAUGAAAGUUAUCGAGUUUAUCUUUUUUGUACUGCAACAGAUUCAGCCGCUUUUGGGCUGGCGUUAAUAGAAUUUCCUGUUCAUAUUGAUUUGAAAGUGAAUGGAAAACAUGUUAAUGCUAAUACUCGAGGAUUAAAAAAAAAACCUGGUACAGCACCUCCUGUAGAUAUUACAAGUUUAUUGUUUUUGGAUUCAAAAAUUAUCAAUAGAAUUGAAAUGACAUGUGCAAGUACAGAAAAGAGAUAUUCAUUUGGUGUGUAUCUGGUACAAAAAUAUACAGCUAACGAUCUUAUUGAACGAAUUAAAGUUGGGAAAUAUUUAUCAAAGGACUAUUUAUUAGAUAAAUUAAAAAAAGAUUCUGAAGAUGGAGAUAUUAUAACGACUGCUAGUGAUAUUUCUCUUAAAGAUCCUAUUUCUUAUACUCGAAUUGAAUUGCCGUGUAGAUCUUUGUAUUGCAAUCAUUUACAAUGUUUUGAUGCUUAUUCAUUUCUUGUAUUAAAUGAACAGACACCUACUUGGCAAUGUCCAAUAUGUAAUAAAUUAAUUUAUAAAUUAGAAGACCUCGCCAUCGAUAGUUAUACUUUAGAAAUUUUAAAUUCUGUUUCAUCUUUUGUAGAAUCAGUUACAAUAAAUCCUAAUGGAACUUGGUCAACGAUAAAAUCUGAUAUAAAUAAUGAAUUAUCUGGCCAUAAUGAAUAUUCGAAUACCCCGAUGAAAGAUUCCGAGUCUUUUGCAGAUAAAUCUACUCAUGAAACUUCUUUUGGACAAGGUCAUUCAGUUUUAUCAUCACUUCCUAAAUCAUCUCAAAAACGUUCUGCAUCUGCCAUAAUUGACUUAACACUUGACAGUGACGAUGAGAAUAAUAUUCCCUCUCCACCAUUUAAAAAAUAUCAAAAUAACUCUGUCGAAACACCUACAAAUAAAUUAUCUUCUGGUCUUGAACUUCCAAAAAUUAACAUUAAUUUAUCAUCACUUCCUCAUAUACCAAGAACAUAUCUUCUUAGUCCAAAAAUGAUAGAAACUAGGUUUCCUUUAUCAACUGAUCCUUUAAAUACUGAGCAAUCUCUAAAUUCGAUAAAAUUAUCAACAUUGGACUCAAAACAAUAUUCUACAUUAUGCAGGCCUUUGGAGGAUAAUAAUAUAAAAGAGAUUAGCACUCCGUCUACAUUUCUGAAUCCAUUAUCCACUGAUUUAUGGACUACAAAAGAUAAUUCAUAUAUUUGGCAAGAUGAAUUUAGAAAAAAUAACUUUAUUGAUAUUCAUUCAACACAUUCAUGA